AGGCGAGGUAAGAGUUUAACGGAGCAAGUGAGGGGCUCUGCUGGGAGAGCCGCCGGGGCGUCAUUUUCUCACGGUCCGUCACUUUGUCACGGACCGAUCACUUGAUUCGAGAGCCACCACCGAGAGCUGCCUCAGUCACUUCGAGCACUGAAGCAGGAGCUUCAAGCGUGUAGAGACACAAUCCAAAACCGUAUUGAAAAUGGAAGCAAUGUUAAACUACGUAAGAACCCCUAAAAUUUUACAAAUGUAAUGUUAUUUGAACAAAUGUGGAUCAUGGAUGUUUCUGUUGGCUGGCUAUACCACUUUGAACAAAUUCUACAAUGAUCUGACUUUGGUGCAUCAUAGUUAUUACGACAUUAUUCUUCAGCUUAGGUCUUGUGGUUUCACAUUGCAAGCAACAGAAUAAAUUAUCUUGUAUAAUGGAAUGAGGUAUCUUCUUUCCAGGUAGGAGAAAGAUGCUGUAGCCGUUACAGUGCUGGCCAGUAUCUUGAAGCACCUGCAUAUUUUUUUCUUAAUCUGCCACAGACUUCCUCAGUGAAGUUGGGUAAGUCAAGCCCUGGUCCUCUGAAGGCACCAAACACCUACUAAGGAUUUCCUUUUGUCUCCAUUUUUCAUCUUUAAUGAAGAAUUACGGUAUUUAUUUAUAUCAAGCAGAUUUUCAGGGUAAAAAUAUUAAGGAUUAGGAGCAGCUUGGAUAUUUGGCAGUGGGAGCUUGUUAGCUUUUCAAGAGUAUUGCCUUGAUUAAAUAGCAUACAUAAUUUAAAUGCAGGAUAUAGUCCAGUUUAGCUCCUUGAUAAAAUUAUCAGUUUAUGAUAUAGUACUUCAUGUUUUUAAAGUUAACGUUCAAGCAAUAAUUGCAUAUUAACAUGGAACUGACCCCUGUAGCUGACUUUGUCAGCCACCAAGUAGGAUUCAUCAUGGUAUAAGACUUGGUUGUAGCUGAAGUAAAUUAGCUAGUCCCACUCUACACUUCAGAAGCUUUGAUAUGCUUAUUAGACAUAAUCAUAUCCCUCUCCUCAUUGCCUAAGCUUUCAAAGCAUGAGACAGAAAGUAAGUCUGCUGGAGGAAUUUUACAGUGGCUGCUCUGAUCUGUGAGGGUGUUUGAAUGCUGAUUCUGUAGCUUAAGUAAAGUGAAAAUUAUCUGAGUUGGUUCCCCUUUUUUUUUAAGGCAAAGCCCCUUACAGUAUUUCCUCUCUCACUUGUGAAAUGCAAAGUGCAAUUGCUUCUGGCUUGCCUUUUUUGUGAGCCAGUUCAGCUGUAACAGCUGAGCCGGUAUCUGACUAGCACAGCUGUGCUCCUUUAAAACAACAGACAUUUUUUCUUAUGAAAUCCCAGGGAUUCAUGAAUCUGUUCCUUUUCACUUCCUGCACUUAUGCAGUUAACUUGCAAUUAAAUUGUUUGUUCAGAAGCGGUAAUAAGAUCUCUAAACCCAUGAAUCAAGAAGGAAAACUUGAGUUGGAAUGUAUAUUGCAUAGCCUCAGUAUGGAGUUUGAAAUCCAUGUGCUGCUUAAAGGCUCAAUAGAAGCAGGCUUUCCCAGGGCUGUAGUUUUGGGCUCUUUUUGUUUGUUUGUGUGUGUGUGUGUGUGUGUGUGUGUGUUAACUGAGAGGAAUGCCUCACAGUUACAAUUAAAAAGGCGUAUUUAUCACAGGUUUAUGUACAAUCUUACAUUGCUACUUUAAUUUUUCUAGGAUAAAUGGGUGUGUGUGACUUUUCCCCUUAUCUAAAGCGGUUCCAUGUCUUGUUUGGACUGUUCCUGUAUUCUCCGUACACCAGUUGAAUCAAUCAGACCAGAAGAGCUAUCUCAGAGCAGUGUCCAUGAAUGCCUGGCUGAUUCUGAUCUAGCCUGGAUUACCCCAUCUACAGGAAGGAAUGGAAUGGUAUUUUGCUCUUCUAAUGUCUCUCACUAUGAACUCCAGCUGGAAAUAGGAAGGAGGUUCAACAACUUAACUUCAGUCUACCUUGCACGGCAUACACCUACAGGAAUGCAAGUUGCUGUGAGAAUCACAGACCUAGAAAACUGCUCUGAAGAGCAUUUGAAAGCCUUACAGCAUCCCAACGUAAUGACGCUUUGGACAGUGUUUACAGCUGGUAGUUGGCUUUGGGUCAUCUCCCCAUUCAUGGCCUAUGGUUCAGCUAGACACCUGCUGAAGACUUACUUUCCUGAAGGAAUGAGUGAAGCUUUGAUAGGAAACAUUCUGUUUGGUGCAAUCAGAGGAUUAAAUUACAUGCACCAGAAUGGCUACAUCCACAGGAAUAUUAAAGCUAGCCACAUUCUGAUUUCAGGGGAUGGGCUGGUUUCUCUCUCUGGCUUAAACAACCUCUACAGUUUAAUUAGCAAUGGACAAAAGUCAAAGGUGGUAUAUGAUUUCCCCCAAUUUAGUACAUCCGUGCUUCCUUGGCUGAGUCCUGAACUACUGAGACAGGAUUUGUCUGGGUAUAACAUGAAAUCUGACAUUUACAGCGUGGGAAUUACAGCAUGUGAAUUAGCAAAUGGACACGUUCCUUUUCAAGAUAUGCCUCGCACUCAGAUGCUGCUACAAAAGCUGAAAGGUCCCACGUAUUGUCCUUGGGACAUAAAUACCUUUCCCCGUGGGGAAUCCAGGAUAAAGAAUUCCCGGUCAGGUGUUGAUUCUGGAAUCGGUGAGAGCAUGACACGCACAAUGACCAGUGAAAGACUACAAAUUCCCUUUUCCAAAACGUUUUCACCUGCUUUCCACAACUUGGUAGAACUUUGUUUGCAACAGGACCCUGAGAAAAGGCCAUCAGCAAGCAGUUUGCUUUCGCAUACGUUCUUCAAACAGAUAAAAGAACAAACACAGAAUUCACUACUGUCUCUAUUACCACCUCCUAUUCAAAAUAACACAUCAGAGUUCUUGGCACUGCCCUCAACGGCAGUUGGGACUGAAUUUGGACAUAUUACUGCAAAUCAAGAUGAUACAGACUGGGAAUUCUAAAUAAAUACCAAACAAUCAUACCUCUCCUAUGCUUCAGAGAAGAAAAAUGUGAUUUGUAUUUGCUGCUUUAGUUUGUGUAGAGUUAAAAUACAAUUAGACAAGGUAUACUUGAAAAUGCCAUUGAAGUGGCCAUAUUUCAUUAACUACUUCCUCUGUUGGCAUCAUGAAGUACAGUGUGCCUCACUUUCUGACUGCAAGGAAAACUGUAUAUAGAGAAUGGCUGAAUGCUUAUCUCCCUCUUUCAAAAUAUUUCUUAACAAGAGAGUUCCUGCUGUAAAUUUACACUGUAUUUUCAGCUCAUAUUGCUGCAGUCCAUGUGCCUUUCUGAAUUCAGGCUUGGGUUUUGUCUGUGACCUUAACUUAAACAAACUAUUUGUCUUUUCAUUAUCACCCAGAUUAUUUGGUAAGGAGAAAUCCUCCAUUUCCAAGUCCAAAUUUGAAAUUGCACAAAUUACUUGCUUAUGCAAAUAAAUGUUUUUCUUUUCAUGCAUCCUAAAAGGCAUUUUUCUCACUUGAUGUACGACAGCCACAAGUUAGCUAUGCAUUAUUUUUCAUGCAGUUUUAAUACUGUGUGUUUCCCAAAGAAGUUACUUGAAGAUGUGACUCAUGUUCUUGCAUUUGUCUAUGUUCUUAGUACAAACUUGUGCUUUUGCAUCUCCAUUUAUUGUUGUGUCAUUUUAGCAAUUAAUCUGAGGACCUCCUACUAUGCAAAGUAAGUCUCAAGUUGUAACAAGUACAGGUUAAUUUUGAAGAAUCGUAUUAAAUAAUCUAAAGUUACUGUACAUAUUUUUAUUUAUGCUGUAUUCCUGUUCACCACCAGAACUUACCAGAACCUAAUACUGUUUUCUUAAAAGAAUAGGCAACACGCAGUCAGCUGCACUGGCACUGCUGCUGGCAAACAAACCUCUUCUGCAAGACACAGUUAAAUUCCCAUUCAGCCAUAACAAGAACCUAGUAAACCCUGUAGGAUCCUAGUGAAUUUAUCUGUUCUAAGUCAGAUGAAAAACUGCCUUUCUUCUCCCUACAAUUCAGUAAGUUCUCAUCUCUCAUACUGUACCAGGCAACUCAAGCUGAACAAAAGCAGCUUCUUUUGAAAAAAGCUACAUAUUCUCAUCGUGUUUUAGCAAAAGUUGUGUCCCAAAGCCACUAGUACUUUACUGAUGUAAAAAUGUAUAAAUAGAUAUUAAAUGAAUAUAUUCUAAAUUUUCAACAUAAACAACAUUCUACAUUAAGUCAAGUCUUCCAUAGCUGAGCUGGUCUGCAGCCAACCUCAAGAAUACUGCUUUGCCAGCAGCUUCACUACAAAGCCUUGAAGACCAAAUGACCAAAACGCAAGCCUGAGACAGACACAAAACUCCCAACGACCACCUUAAAGUAUUAACAAAAAAGUUGAUUUCUACUCAUUAUGCUGUGA